AUGAAGACGAAGGAGUGGGAGGACAUCGAGCCAGUUUGGCAGGAGUACGCACAGGAACAAUUCGGUGCCGGGGCACGGGAUGGAGGGCGACAGGUGAUGCGAGGUCAAAAGAGAAUCAGGAAGCCUGCUUUCGAACUCGAGACCGACGGGGAUGGGAUGCCGGUGCUUCCAGACAUCACCGAAACGAAACUCGAGGAGAAGAAAGCCAUAGUCAGAGCAUUUCUUACAUCACACUAUCGUAUCUGUUCCAGGAUUGACAAGGCAGUUGUGCCAUGGAGCGCCAUCGUACAAAGUCAGGAUGACUUUGUGGCAAGAAAGUAUGUUCUGGCAGAUGUAGACUUGAAGGAGCCAUCGAAGUUGCAACAUUGGGACACAACUGCCUUACUGAAUUUCUGGUAUGCUCGGCAGGAGAAAGGCAAAAGUCCAACAUUCCUGUUCAAAGCAUGGAAGAACAGAGAUGGAGACAUGGUAGCCUCGGUUGUAUCCGGGAAUUCACUGUCUCAUCAGACUCAUAAAGUCAGAAGAGAUAUGAUCCGAAGGCCUCGGAAUUUGGAGACCGAAACUGACAGUGAUCCCGAGACCGAUCACGAGGGUGAUCCCGAGAGUAAGCCCAAGGGUGACACUCAUGAUAUGGAGGAUGAUGCUGGUGAUGACGCAGCGGAAGGUAGAUCCCCGCAAAAGAGACCCAGAACAGAGCCUGGUCCUUCAACAGCACAUGAAGGGACUGCUGUCCCAUGUGCAAUUCCAAAGCCUCGCCCGGUCAAUGCAGGGAAAACUGGUGCACUGCUGACAUCACGAAUGGGCGACCUCCUGGCUGGACUGACUGAGAGAGUCACCAGCAAUGUUCAGGAGGAUGGUGCAACCGAAGGAGUCAAUAGGUCACCGGCACUGAAAAACAUGUGGGGAAAGAAAGCAGUGAUUGAGCCAUCAGCGAGGACAACCUGGAGUAAGUCAACACAAAAGCCAUUGGACACUAGCCCUCGAGUGACCAGAGCGAGGGGAAAGAAGUAA